AUGGCAACUGCAAUCACUAGUGUUGCCUUACAUUGGGCUGACAUAUUAGUGCUAGUUGCUUAUUUUGGAAUAGUUAUUGGAUUUGGCAUUUGGUCAUCAUGCAAGAAUCGUGGAAGUGUUGGAGGCUAUUUUCUAGCAGGUCGAAGUAUGACAUUUUUGCCGGUUGGUGCAUCAUUAUUUGCUAGCAAUAUUGGUAGUGGACAUUUUAUUGGACUUGCAGGUAGCGGAGCAAACAAUGGUAUUGGUGCAGCUAGUUUCGAAUUGAACGCUACCUACGUCUUAAUGAUUCUUGGUUGGAUAUUUUUACCUGUUUAUAUCAAAGCUGAUGUUUUUACAAUGCCAGAAUUUUUAAAGAAACGAUUUGGUGGCGAUCGAAUACGUUUUUAUCUUACUAUUCUUGCUUUAUUACUUUCUAUAUUUACAAAAAUAUCUGUUGAUCUCUAUUCUGGUGCUAUAUUUCUUAAUCAAGCACUUGGCUGGAAUAUUUAUGUGUCAGUGAUAAGUCUCGUUUUGCUUGCUGCUAUAUUUACUAUUGGUGGUGGAUUAUCAGCUGUCAUUUGGACAGAUUUUAUUCAAACCAUUAUUAUGAUUUUGUCGGCUUUUAUUCUUAUGAUUAUUUGUUACACUAAAGUCGGCGGCAUACAAUUAAUUAAAGAAUUAUAUCCGUAUGCUGUUGCUGAUACAGCGUUGUUUAGUAAUUCAACUUGUGGUAUACCACCGGCAGAUUUUUUUAGUCUUAUUCGACCACUGGACUCAGUCGAUGGUCCACCAUGGGUUAUUGUUCAACGAGCACUGGCAGCGAAAAAUGUCACGCAUGCUCGAGCUGGUUGUAUCGUAGCUAGUUCUUUAAAAUUUUUAUCUAUUUUUAUUAUGGUUAUUCCUGGUAUGGUUGCACGAAUACUUUUCCAAGAUAAAAUUGGCUGUGCAACUCCUGAAUCGUGUAAACAAAUCUGUGAUAAUGAAGCAUCGUGUACUGAUAUUGCCUAUCCAAUAAUUGUUAUUGAACUGAUGCCAAAUGGUUUACGCGGUCUUAUGCUCGCUUGUAUGAUAGCGGCAUUGAUGUCAUCAUUAACAUCAAUAUUUAAUUCAUCAUCAACUAUAUUUACGAUCGACAUUUGGCAGCGCUUCCGUCCAAAAGCACCACAAUGGGAACUACUGAUCGUUGGAAGAUCAGUAACAAGUUUUCUUGCACCACCUAUUUGUUCUAUCUAUGUUCUAGCAAUAUUUUGGAAACGAAUUAAUGAAGAAGGUGCUUUUUGGGGUUUAAUAUGUGGCUUAGUGAUUGGUUUAAUACGUUUUAUAUGGGAAUAUUCCUAUUCAGUUCCACCUUGUUUAUUAUCAGCAACAGAUCGACGUCCCGAAGCAAUCAAAUUUCAUUUUCUAUAUUUUGCUUUACUACUUUUCACAUUAACUUGUUUAGUUGCAGUCAUUGUUAGUCUGUUAACUCGACCAAUACCAGAACAAUGCUUACACGGUUUGAAUUUUUUCGAUUUGGAUAAUCCAAUUGAACCAACGCCCAUACCGACUAAACCAGGCCUAUGGCAUAAAGCAGAUACAGCUUUUGAAGAUAAACAUAUUCGGUCUCAAUCAUCUGUUCACCGACUAUCGCGUGUUCAGUCUGCUGCUGCUAUAAGAAAAUUUGGACUGUUUUACCCAGAUCCGUCAAAUAAAAGCAUAAAAUAUUUUUCAAAAAUUGCUUUAGCAUGGAUAUGUGGCGUUGAACAUCAAGGUGAAAAUAAUGGUGAUGCAACAGUUGCACAAACAAUGCCACCACUAGCACGGGAAAAUCUAUUUUGGAAACGUAUCUGUAACAUUAAUGCUGUUUUGAUAUUAGCCUUCGCUAGUUUUCUUUGGGCAUUUUUUACUGAUUAUCGUAUUGAUAAAAUGUUUAAAAAUACUUAA